AUGACGAAAAAGCGAAAAUUUUUUGGGAAUCCGAGAAGAAAAGAUGUCUUGGAAAUUGUGAAGAUCAUCGGAAAAGCCGCCGGUCAUAAUGUAUUGAUAAUCGAUGGUGAAAUUAAAGCUCGCACAAAAUCGACGUACUCGCUUCAAAUCAAUCCGAAUGCGCCGCCGUUCGUCAUGAGGCAAAUCGGUUUCGCCGGAAUCCCGUUUUGCAUUGUCAGUGCGAAAGGAAGUGGUCAGACCAAAGAGAUGGCUGAAUCGGCCGCCGCUCAGGCGCUCUUGGAUUACUUCCAAUUCGUUUUUCCUGACAACAUUUAUGAAGCACUACGAUGCGUCAAGAAUAAUGACAUAUUGAAUCCCGAGAUUCAAGCGGUUAUGCCAAUGUUUCGAAUACUUGAAGAACUGCUGAAGACCGAUUUUCAGCACAUUGCCAAACUUGGCCAGUAUUUUAGGCCGAGGGCGAAAUUGCAGGAAACGUUGGAGAUUCGGCAUCGAAUUAAAACUCGAAUUUACGAAAUGUAUCAAGGACCAUCGAAGCAGGAGAACAAGUUUGAGGUCCUACAGGUUGAUGAAUGUGUUUUGGGUGAAGAAGUGGAUCACAAUGACCCACACGAUGAUGAUAAUGAUGAUGAAGAUGCAAUUAUCAUUGACGUUCAGCGAAUCACAUCAACGAAGAAGAAGGCGAGACCUAAAAGUACCCUUAUCGAAACGUGCGCGCGACUUCGAGAACUUCGAGAUCAUGAUAUUAAGCAACAGCAAAUCUGUAAUAAAGAAAUUCUAGAGUCGUGCUCGAACAUGGCGCAAUUUAACAGGAAUCGGGCGGGCAUUUGGCAGAAUGCGGAAAUUGGCGAGAUGGACUUUGGACCGAUGAACACGACGGCUAGCGGGCCGCCGGCCAUCAAUGCGUGCAGUGUGCAGCCGAACACGCGGAGGAAGGAUUUGUAUAAUGCCCCGAAAUUUGAGAUUGAUUCGAGUGAUUAUGAUUCGGAUUAUGAGCCGGCUUCGAAAAAACCGAAAACGUCAAAGAGGAAUGAUGAAUUGAAGUUGAAUAUUGUUGGUGAAAAGCGCGCCAGUGAUGGAGAUCAAAAUACAUCGAUUGAUGAGAUUGAAGAAGUUGCACUCGUCGAUGAAUGGGAUGAGAACGACGAUGACGGCGAAAAAGUGGUGAAAAUUGAGGAGAAAGACGACGAAGAGGAGGAUGAUGAUGAUGUAAUUGUGUUGAAUGAAGGUGAUUGCUCGAGCGACGGCGAUGUUCUUGUGGUGGGAGAUGUGAAAUCGGGGAGAAGCUCGUUUGGCGAGAAUUCGAUGAAUCAGGAGAGAUUUGAGAAGGGCUCGCGUUCCGAUGCCACAGAUAUUUAUGAUGGUGAGCCCGAUGUUGAAUGUCUUGGAACGAAACAUAACUGGCCGAAGGAUUAUGAGAAGAACUUGAUCGGAGUGAUAUAUAAUGCGGAAAUUGCGAAACCCGUUGAGAAAUUUGUACUUUCUCAAGCGCAGACGUCUUUUGAUAGCGUGAAGAAGCUUGGCGAUAAUGUGUGGCAUCAUUAUCUAAUGAACUCGCAGACUUUUGCGAUUUACAAGACGAAAAUGGAGGUCCGCGAGAAAUUGUUGGGAAUUUUUCAAAAGAUAUAUCGCGAAAAGAAACUUCUGAUGCACGUGACAGGCUCGUCGGUGAAUGGAUGUGGCGCUUACAACUCGGACGUUGACAUGUGUUUGUGUAUUCCGAAACUGAAAAAUGGAAAAUUCUUUGACGAUUUUCCGUGUGGUAGAAAAUCAAGUUUAAGUCAAUUGCGCGCGAUUCAGCGGAUCUUGUCGCGUGCGGUGGCGCGAAGCGAGAUUCGAAAGCUCGUGCGAAAAACGACGCUGAUUCCGGCGGUGGUGCCGAUUCUCAAAGUCGAUUUGCAGCCGCCGUAUGAGAAUCUCGACAUUGACAUUAACAUCAAUAAUAUCGCCGGGAUUUACAAUUCGCACUUGUUGCAUUAUUAUUCACAAAUUGAUGGACGAUUUCCGGCUCUUGCCCUUGUUGUGAAACAUUGGGCAAUUCGAAAUGAGAUUGGGGACGCUCAAUACGGAACUUUUAAUAGCUAUUCGCUCAUUCUUCUUGUUAUUCAUUACCUUCAAUGCGGUGUCCGACCGGCAGUUCUUCCCAAUCUUCAGCACAUUUUUCCGGAAAAGUUUGAUCGGAAAUUGUCGCUGGAGAAUCUCGUUUUGUUCGGAAAUAUUAUUGAUAAGCUUCCAGACCGUCCGCCGAACACAUGGUCCCUUGGUGAGCUCACAAUAGGAUUUUUCAAUUAUUACGCGCGUUUCCCAUUUAAUAAAUAUGCGAUUUCGAUUCGAUCUGGUCAAAUAUUUCCGCGAAAGUACUUACCUAGAAGCGAUCAUUAUCAUGUUUUUAUUGAGGAGCCGUUCGAUGCCUGUAAUACUGCGAGAUGUAUACGAAACGACGAAAAAAUGAGAAAGGUGAAAGAUGCAUUCCAAUACGCUUCUGCGAGGAACAUGGAAGAAGAUGCGAUUUUUCCAUUCGAAAGAAGUGCUUAUUGGAUGAAGGUUUUCACAUAUUCUUCUAAAAAAUUCGAGAAACGCACUGUUAGAUUCGCAGGCGCAGAGUGGAAGAUUGAAUUUUCUUGGCGUAAUGUAGAUUUAAUUGUAAGCUGUAAUAGUUGCAACUACAGCGGAAUGUGGUCGUAUCAGACGAAAAUCACAUUUUCGAAUGGCACUGCACCUUUAAAAUUUAAAUAUACGUUCGGCAAAUUUUCGAGACCAUUUUCUACCAAGAAUCAGGAAACUGAAAAUGGUUAUGAACUUAAAAUCGAAGUGCUCAAUGUGGAAGGAGAUCCAUUACUUAAUUGGUUUAAUCUCCUUCAUCGCCAACCGGAACUGGCUGAUGUUGUGCUCGUUGUUUCGGGAAAUCGUUUGAAAGCAAACAAGAUUCAAUUGGCAACAAUUUCCACCUAUUUUCACGCGAUGUUUUUCGGUUCUUUUGAAGAGGAGAAGAAAAAAGAAGUCGAAAUCAAAGAUGUCGAUUUUGAGGAAUUUGUUCACACAUUGAACGUUGCACUUCCACCAAAUGAGCCAGUUACAGAAAAUUAUUUGGAUUCACUUCUUGAAGUUGCUAAUCAAUUCGAUAUCGCGAAUGUAUUGAGUCUUUGCGAACGUUUCAUGAUGGCCGAAUUGGAAAAAGAAGUCAGUAUCUUCAAAGCUAGAGAAUAUUUGAAAUAUUCCGAUGAUUAUUCGCUGGACAAACUACAGAACGUGUGCUUGCAUGCUCUCGAAAAGAAUACGUCAAUCUAUGACAAAGAAUGUUUUUUGGAUUUGAACCUCAAAACGCAGCUUGCAGUCAUGAAGGUGCUUGCAGGAAAACAAUGUACGUAG